AUGUACCCACGUUGCGGUAGUAGUGGCUCUAUUCAAAAUAUCCACCAAACGCCAUCAUCUUCAAAUCAUAACUCAGAAGAUGAAGAUGAUAGUGGUGAUAAUAAAGCUUCAGCACUAAGCUUCAAAGAAAGACGCAGAGAGGCUCAUACACAGGCAGAACAGAAAAGAAGGGAUGCUAUAAAAAAAGGUUAUGAUUCUUUGCAAGAAUUAGUACCUACGUGCCAACAGACUGAUGCAUCAGGCUAUAAGCCAAGCAAAGCUGCUGUUUUACAAAAGUCUAUAGACUAUAUUCAAUAUUUGUUGCAACAAAGAAGAAGGCAGGAGGAACAACGUAAUGCUCUACGUAAAGAUGUCAUUGCUCUUCGUAUUAUGCAAGCUAACUAUGAGCAAAUAGUCAAAGCACAGCACUCUAUUCCUGGACAUAACGAACAAAGGUUAAGUGACCAAGACAAAUUUCAAGUGUUUCAGGGUAUAAUGGACAAGCUUUUUGAGUCAUUUGAAUCGGUUCCAACAAACGAUUUUGCAGAAUUUUCCGCUGGUGUUUUCAAUUGGCUCGAAGAAUACUGCAAGCCUCAGUCUCUACGAACUUUGGUUCAUGGAGUUUUGCGGGAACAAAACUAUACGCCA